AUGGUGGUGGCAGAUCAACUGUGUUUAGACUUUCAGAAGAUGAAUCUUGAAGUUAUGCAAUAUGGAGAAGUAGAGAAAAUGUUUAGUGCAUUGACCAUCCAACCCUCGAUGUUUGAUCAAAUUAGGGAAGCUCAAUUAAAAGAUGAAAAGAUGGAAAAGAUAAAGAAAAAGGUGAGGGAGGGUCAUGCUGGAGACUUCGAAAUUCAUGAAGAUGGAAGUUUAAGAAUGGAAGGAAGGUGGUGUAUACCCGAAGCUUGUGAAGAUUUGAAAUUGAAAAUCAUGGAGAAGGUGAAGAGUGAACAUAAAAGACCCCAAGGAAAAGUCCAACCUUUAGAUGUGCCAGGAUGGAAGUGGGAUUCAUUUCGAUGGAUUUCGUUUUGCUUACCUAAGGGUAAAUCUGGGAAUGAUACGAUAUGGGUAAUUGUCGAUAGGUUGACCAAGUCUGCAGUGUUCAUACCUAUGAAGGCAACAUGGUCGAUGGAUCAACUAGCUAAGGCCUAUAUCAAGCAUAAGCUACAUCAAGCCUUUGGUUCGAAGCUAUUAAUGAGUACUGCUUUUCACCCAGCCACUGAUGGUCAGACUGAAAGGACCAUACAAACCUUAGAAGAUAUGUUAAGAGCUUGUGUCAUGGAAUAUCAGGGUUCAUGGGAAGAUCAUCUCGAUUUGAUAGAGUUCUCCUACAAUAACAGUUAUCAUUCAAAGACCGUGCAACAGGUUAAGAUGAUCCAAGGAAAGAUUAAGGCAGCCCAAGAUCGUCAGAAAAGCUAUGCUGAUCUGAAGCGUAGGGAAGAAGAAUAUGAAUUGAGACGGUAUAUUCCAGAUAAAUCGCAUGUGUUGCAGCCUGAAACAGUUCAAAUUGAUGAGAACUUGUCCUAUGAAGAAAGGCCUAUUAAGAUUUUAGACAGUAAGGUUAGAAGUACCCGGAACAAAGAUGUUAAAAUUGUUAAGGUGCUCUGGUCUAAUCAGAAGUCCGAAGAAGCAACAUGGGAAGCAGAGGCUGACAUGCGAAAGAAAUAUCCAGAGUUGUUUGCAGAAGGUUAG